AUGAGUUUGCUGAUGGAGAAGAAGCCACCAGAACAGACAGUUUCGACUGAUGACGUAAGGAAACUCAAUAAAGAUUAGUUUCCAAAUGAUCUUUAUGCUGUUCUUUCGUAAGCUCAACAUAUAUUUUGUAUUUAGAGCUUUAAAAACUAAGGUUUUGACAGUAAAAAAUUAAAUAUUGGUGUGUUAUAGAUAGAUUUUAAAUAAAAAUGUAUUACAGAUAGAUUGCACAAGCGAUGAAUGUAAAACAUGUCGAAGAAUGAUGAAUCAGCGGCUUCAGGCGGUCGGCUUCUUUGCUGAUUUCUACGGCGCUGAAGGGUAUCAGAAUUUCAUAGAACCAGUCCAAAGCACAGAACCUACUGAUGUUGACGUAUGCACAAAAUAUCGCUUCGCCCGAAAUAAUUCGGAUACUGUGGAUUAUCAAAGUAAGAUUACCAAAAAAAACAUUUUUAAAAAAUUUGAUUUCUAGAAUGUUUUACGUCUUUAACCUUUGUAUUAAUACUAAAUAUCUUUAAACAUUGAAAAUCCUAUUUUUAGGAACCCAUAAACACAAAAUAAAACGACAAGUUGUCGACCUGAUCAACUCUACGAUGAUAGGUAAGCGAGAGACAAGAGAGAGACAGAAUUGACACCUGAGCCAAGUCUUCCCAAAUAGACAAAAUCCUUAAGAUGUGAUAAAAUUAUACGAUUUUUUCUCUUCCAAAAUAUUCACCCAAAACAUGUGAUUUCACAGUCCUUUUUAGGCACAAGGUACAACUUGUCAUGCACGACAAAAGGAUCAACACCAGAUGGAAACGCUGAUACUGAGUUGUUGAGCUUGUGUGCAAAAUGUUGGGCUUGGCGACAACUACCGUCUAAUUAUUUUCCUCAAUUCAUUAAUGAGUUGGUGUGUCAUGAUGGAGAUACUGGUUGUUUGUCUGGUACGUUUGUUUUAAAAUACGUGUAUAAUUAAUAGUAAAUAGAUAGUUUUAAUUAUAUUAUGACAAAAACUUAAACCUUCUUUUAGGUAAGAAAAGGCCAUUUUUAAACCGAGCAUGGUAAAAUACGGAUUGCGACUUUAUUCUAUUUUUUCGAUUUCAGGAUACGGUAGUUGCGGUAAUGGAGAGCGUACGGUAGAAGUGUUACGAAAUGACACUUAUAAGUUAACUAUGGUAACUUUAUCAGCAGCUUCGUUCUGUGAAUGUCAAGUGCGUGUUGGAUCAGCGAUACAGGAUUUAGUUACUGGUAACUCGACAUCUGACUAA